UCCAAACGGUGGUGGUGGGGAGCUGGGUGACAGCAGCAGACAGACAGCAGGCUGCACACCAAGGUUCUGGGUUUGAUUCCUGUUCAGCCCGGCGGCUGCCUGGAUUGGUUGCCUUCCUCUGCUGGAGCUACAGGCUAACUGAGAGAAAGGUGGGAGUGACACCGCUGAAGGAGCAGAUCCGGGUCGGACAGAGAGCCCAGGGGCCAGGGGCCAGGGAGUGCUACUAUCAGCUCAGUCAUGGCCGAUGCAGACCUAGACUUCCGGACCGGUGAUGCUGGUGCGUCCGCCACUUAUCCCAUGCAGUGCUCUGCUCUGCGCAAGAACGGCUUUGUGGUGCUCAAAGGUCGUCCCUGCAAGAUCGUUGAGAUGUCCACCUCCAAGACCGGCAAGCACGGCCACGCCAAGGUUCACCUGGUUGGUAUCGACAUCUUCUCCGGUAAGAAGUAUGAAGACAUUUGUCCCUCCACCCACAACAUGGACGUCCCCAACAUCAAAAGAAUGGAUUAUCAGCUGAUUGGGAUCCAGGAAGGCUACCUUUCCCUGCUCCAGGACAGCGGAGAGCUGCGAGAGGACCUAAAACUUCCAGAGGGAGACCUGGGAAAAGAAAUGGAGAGUAGACAUGAAGCCGGAGAGGAGAUCCUGAUCACUGUUCUAAAUGCAAUGGAGGAGGAAGCUGCAGUCGGUAUAAAAGCUUUGAGUAAAUAAGCCAGAGGAGAUGCAAUUGAGAUGUAUAGAGCCUAGAGAAAAGAGGGAGCUAAUGCAUGUCCAGUGCUACACUGCCUCCCCUUUCUGUCUCUCCGUCGCUUUCUGUCCUGUCUUUCAGUUCAGCUAAACAACUUGAAUAAACAUCUGGAAAAAGUUUAAAUGCAUUGUGUACAUAACACAGAUGAUAUUACCUUAGUCUUGAUUGAAUCUCUAAAUGUUUAGCUACCAUCAGGGAUGAGUUGUGAUCAAGCUUUUAACAUACUUCUGAUUAACCAAGGGCUUCAUCUCCAGAUCUUCAUGGUUCUGUUCAGAUUUGCCAAACAGGACAGAGAGAUCAUAAAGAUGUGGUUCCUCUGCUAGCGUUCAUUGUUUAUUGAGCUGUCUGGAAGAAAUUAUACUUAAUUUUUUGUGCUCUCAAGAUUCGGAUCCAGGAUCUGUGCCUGAUUUUAAUAGUUUGGCUGUGUUGGUAUGGUGAGCCUGAACUGUGCACAAUCUCUAGACUAUCAUACACAACAAAGCUAAAAAGUAAAAAUAAAGAUAUUGCAAAUUGA